UCGGCGCCAUUUUUCACCAUGGAGGCCGAGCCCGCAGCGCAGAAACCGCCGAGGCGGAGACGGGGCAGGGUCAGCGCCCCCCGCUCGCCACAGGGGGACAGCGGGGACCGGGAGGCCGCGUCCUGCAGCCGGUACCCACUGAGGCGAGGCAGCUCAUUCACGUUUCUGACUCCAGGACCGCACUGGGACUUCACCCUGAAGAGGAAACGGCGAGAGAAGGACGAUGAUGUGGUCAGUCUUUGCAGCCUUGACUUUAAGGAGCCAAGUAAUAAGCGGGUUCGGCCUUUAGCAAGGGUGACAUCCCUGGCGAACUUGAUCUCUCCUGUAAGAAAUGGUGCAGUUCGGCGCUUUGGGCAGACGAUACAGUCGUUUGCCCUUCGUGGGGACAGCAAGUCUCCUAGCUGUGCCCAGAAGUCAUGUAGCAGAUCCGCUGCUCCUACUCCUCCUAAAAGAAGAAACAGCGUGCUUUGGUCUGAGAUGUUAGAUGUCAACAUGAAAGAGUCCCUGAGCACCAAAGAAAUCAAGCGCCAAGAGGCCAUAUACGAAAUGUCUAGGGGAGAGCAGGACCUGAUCGAAGACCUGAAGCUUGCCAGAAAGGCCUAUCAUGAUCCCAUGCUGAAACUCUCCAUCAUGUCUGAGGAGGAGCUCACCCACAUAUUUGGGGACUUGGAUUCUUAUAUUCCUCUGCAUGAAGACUUGUUGGCAAGUUUAGGAGAAGCAACAAAACCAGAUGGAACAGUGGAGCAGAUUGGACCCAUUCUUGUCAAGUGGUUGCCACGACUCCAUGCCUACAAAGGUUACUGCAGCAAUCAACUGGCAGCCAAAGCACUUCUGGAUCAGAAGAAGCAGGACCGGAGAGUGCAGGACUUCCUUCAGCGCUGUCUUGAGUCUCCUUUCAGCCGCAAGCUAGACCUUUGGAGCUUCUUGGACAUUCCUCGAAGUCGACUGGUCAAAUACCCACUUCUCCUCAAAGAGAUCCUGAGGCACACUCCCAAAGACCAUCCCGAUAUCCAGAUUCUGGAAGAAGCCAUAUCUAUCAUCCAAGGAGUCCUCUCUGACAUCAACCUGAAGAAGGGGGAGUCAGAGUGCCAAUAUUACAUCGACAAGCUGGAAUAUCUGGAUGAAAAGCAGAAGGACCCAAGGAUUGAAGGCAGCAAAGUUUUACUGUGCCAUGGGGAGCUGAAGAAUAAAAAUGGACAUAAACUCUAUGUCUUCCUCUUCCAAGACAUCCUGGUUUUGACCCGGCCGGUCACUCGCAAUGAGCGUCAGGCCUACCAAGUGUACAGGCAGCCCAUUCCGGUCCAGGAGCUUAUCCUUGAGGACUUGCAGGAUGGUGAUGUGAAAAUGGGAGGAUCCUUUCGAGGAGCUUUUGGCAAUGCUGAUAAAGCUAAAAAUAUCUUCCGAGUUCGUUUCCAAGAUCCCUCCCCAGGCCAGUCGCACACACUGCAGGCCAAUGAUGUCUUCCACAAGCAGCAAUGGGUGAACUGCAUCCGAACCGCCAUCGCUCCCUUCCAGCGGACUGCUGCCGCGGCAGAGCUGACGGAGCUGCCAGAGCUGAGCGAAGAGUCGGAGGAGAACAACCCCUCUGCGCCCAACGUCAGAGCCCAGAAGAGGCAGUCUGCCAUGUCUGGCAUCACCGAGAUGGAGCUAGAUGAAAGCACAUCCGAACGCAGCUCCAUCCUGGACUCAGAGGAGGCCAAGGGCCUGAAAACACACAGAACAUCAUCUGGGCACAGAAAAACAAGGGAGAAGCAGCUAAGUGGCAAGCGGAAAGAAACGCUGGUGUAAAAGAAGGGCCCGGUGACAUCCUGGGGGAGGACUGUUUAUUUAUAAAUAACGUGUACAUUUCUCUUUGUAAUGUGAGCAUGGUUGGAUCUGCUCUACCGACCAGAACUGGUUUGGGGUUGGUGUUGUCAUGGCAGCUACUGGUAUACAGGUAACACUGCUGAACUGGGGUCUGUUUUUGCAAACAUGGCCCCUUUGAACCUGGGUUUGACACUGCGAGUCAGGGAUUCGGAGCUCUGCCCGUGGCACAUUUGAAAAGCGCACUUUGGUUUCUAGAAGAUCUUCACAUGCGGCAGUUGAGGUUGGAAAACACGGGAAUGGGGGCUGUUGCCACCAGCUUGGCAGCGCCGCUCUUUUCCAAGGGUGGAAUUGGCACCACGAGGCUCAAAACACAAACGUAUGUUUCCUUCUUGUCUCACACAGCAUGUGAGUGGGGAAAAAAAAAACCAGACCCUAUGUUCAGCAGGUUCUCAAUUUCCCUACUGGAAUCUUUCACUGAGUGUGUCCUUUGUACAUUCCUCAUUUUCACUCUUGUAACCUGACAGAUAUUUAAGUUUUUUAGUUGGUUUUUUUUUUUUUAAUUUGUUUGGGGGGUUUUGGUUUUUUCUUUGUUGGUUUUUUUUCUUUUUUACUUUUGUAUUUCAUUGUUCAGACUUGGCAUUUUCUUCCAAGUACUCUAUCCUUGCUCGGAGAUGUGCGUGUCUAGAACUCUUUCUCGCAUCACUCCGCAGCUCCACGGAGCGCAGGCGAGCCACAGCGUUGAGAGCCUGAUGGGCUGAGAGGAGACGCUCAGUGUACCCCGUUAUGAGUGGCUCGUGUGCGCUCCGGCUUACUGAAAGAGAACUGCAUCACUCAUGGGGGUCGGGAAGUUCUAGGAAUGUUGUAAAGGGUUUGGGGAGGGAGAGAAGCAGCAGCUAGAGGGGAGUAGUGGGGAGUGCAGGUAGAUUUUUUUGUUCCUGUUGCCUUUUGGAAAUGAAAUGCCUUCUGCAGUGAGGCAAGACUGGAGGCAACCAAGGGGUUCUUGCAUGUGGUAGAAAGGUAGAGAAGAGAGAGUGUUUGAAGCUGAUGAGGUAGAAGGACAGAGAUAGGGGUUGUAUAUUCUCGGAAUGGUGACACUGCCAUGUUCUAGCGGUCCAAAGAUUGGUGUGGGAGAUGCCAGCUCAGUAACGGCGCUGCAAAGGGAUACAGGAAGUGGUGACAGCUUUGAGCAAAGCCAACAGGUCCUUCCUGUCCUUUGACAGGGUUAGGACAGCGAUCCAUGAUCCUUGGGCACCUGCAGUAUGUGCUUGAGGGGCCAUAACUCGUGUGUCGAGGGCCACUGCCUGUCAUGUCUGGCCAGUAAAGUUGGAAAUGGGAAGAGGGUGUACAUAGACACGGACGGGUGGUUCUCUGUAAAUGGAUUGUACAGUUUCCAGUGCCAAGUAUGAUUAAAUUCCUG